GCGCGUCCGGCUCGCGCGACAAUUCCACCUCGCCCACGUCCGGGCGCAUACCCCUCCCCUCGCUCUCCCGGCUCUUCCCCUCGCGCGCGCGCUACGGGACAGAGUCCGAGCACCCCAUCACACAUGCGACGAACGUGCGACGUGACUUUGUGCACGUCGAGACGCGGCCCCCAGACGCUUAUCACGCUGGCGAGCAAACCGUAUCACCCGUCGAUAUCGCGCAGGAAGCGUCCACUUCUUCCCAGGCGACGCCUAAACCGGGCCACUGCGAAGAACCGUCGUCAUAUCUGGCCCUGCCAGGGUCGCCGCCUUCCCCUCCCUCCUCCGACUCCGAGGCGACGAACCCGCAUGCCGGCCUUACCCUCACCAGCUCUUCGCUGACGCUGGAGCUGAUGAAACCGCUCGGGACCGGCACGUUCAGCAGUGUAUGGCUCGCGCGCGAUAUCAAGGGGCAGCUGGGAGCGUUGGAGCUUGUCCGGAAGUCUUCGCUCGCAAGAAGCAAGAGCUUCAAGCGGGGCCGCUCACGAGGGAUUGACGGCACGCGGCCGACGCGCAAGAAGGCGGCAAAGGACCGGCAGACGAGCGACGGCAACUCCGUCCUAUCACCAGGGGAGGAGGAUGUCGGGAAGAGGCUCGGUACCUCGAAGACAGGCCGGCUGGUUGCGGUGAAGAUGACGGAGCGUUCCCUGUGCUCCGCAAAUUCGCGUUCCCGGGUGAGCUUUGUGCGGGAGGUUGAAGUGCUGAGGCACAUCGCACAUCCGUCGAUCGUGUCGUACCUGCAUUCUUUCAGCACGCCAUCACACCACUGCCUCGUUUUGGAGCAUAUAAGCGGUGGUGAGCUGCUCGACCUGGUCGAUAAUCCAGAAAGCUUCGCCCGGUUAGACGAACCUCUGGUCCGACGAAUAUGGGGUGAGCUCUGCAAAGCAGUCGCGUGGAUGCACAGUGUUGGACUCGUGCACCGCGACAUCAAGCUUGAGAAUAUCCUCCUAACCGCGGACCCCUUCGCACGCCCCCUCCCUUCAUCAUCACUCAUCAAGCUCACCGACUUUGGCUUAUCGCGCUUUAUCGACCCCGAGCAGCCGCAGCUCUCCACGCUCUGCGGCUCUGAGUCAUACGCGGCGCCCGAACUCGUCAUGGGCCGCACCUACGAUGGCCGCGAGACGGACGCGUGGGCGUGCGGCGUCGUCUUGUACGCGCUAACCACACGCCGAUUGCCGUUCGACCCGCCGUCGCCCAACGGGAUCCCGCACGAGCAGGUCGCGCGCGUCGAGGCUGACUGGGAGAUCCAGCAACGCAAACGUGGCGAGCGCCGUGCGCUGCUCGUCCGUAUCGCGAAGGGCGAAUACUCCUGGCCAGAAAGCGCAACGGGUGGUGACGGUGAGAGGCAAGACGUUCGCGGGGAGGCGCUCGCGCGCAGCGAGGGUGUCCGGCGGAUGGUCGCCCGGCUACUUGUGCGCGACCCGCGCAAGCGCGCCCGGGUCGCGGACCUGUGGGAAGACGAGUGGAUGCGCGGGGAGGGUGCUCCGGCGCCGCCCACUCUACCUCCGGACGAUGCUGUGUCGCUGCCGACUCCAACUUCGGAAGGGCCGCUUGCGCCGCUGUCUUUGCCUGCGGACGACGAUGCGGAGCUGGAUGGGGAUAUCGAUGCGGACGCAGACGUUGAGGACGAAGGCGUCCUCGUUGACGGCGAAGACAUCGGCCCAGGAAGCGUCGCUCGCCAGGAGCACUGAAGACAUCCUCUCUGUGUGCCGGUGCCGCCGUUCUCGUCGUUCCGCUCUGUCUCAGUCUGUCGCACUCGCGCCCCCCAUGCUGGGCUCCACUCUCAAUCUCUCACUCUCUGGGUUUCACGCUGUUCCAUCCACCGUCGCGAUAACGUAUUGUUCUCACUUACCCCUGUUGUCACACUACCUCCCGCACCCCGCCCCUCGCUCGCGCCUAUGCUACUCCUCGCUCUCGUCCGCGCCACAUCCCUCCAUCUCCCCCUUGUGAUGCUACAGCCGCCUGUCAUAUUGGUAUCCCAUCUCCCUGUACACCCCC